AUGAACAAGCCUUGUUGUUUUAAAUAUACAAGACGUGUUGCCAUUUCGGUAUUUGUAUUAAUUGUUGUUUAUACGUUGAUUUUUACAACAACAUCCAACGGUUCAUCCUCCUCCCUUCAAAGAGAUGAAAUUACUCAUGUUGUUUCCGUUUCAUCAUCUGCAAAGGUCGGACCAAAUGAUGAAAAGAUGACAAUGAAUGAACAACAACAUUCACCAAGAGCCUACAAAACAUCAUCCAAAAUUCAAUAUUUUGUUGGUUUGCGUGGUAUGAUUACUCGUAAUGUUACGUUGUAUGUUCCAGAAGAAUCAUCAUCCCCCAAUGGCCAUGGUACCGAUUCAGUCAUGUCUUCUGGAUCCAAAGAAACAUCCGAUUCAAGACCCAACAAUCCUCUAUGUGUGGAUAACAUCAAAGAGUCAUCGGUUCAAUUAAUAUUGUUGUGGUUGUGUUUGGCUGCAUCUCUGGUCAUUAUGUAUAUUUUGCACAGAUUCCAUGCAGCAUGGUUUCCAGAAAGUAUUGGAGUGUUGUUCUUGGGAGUCAUUGUUGGUAUCAUUGCAAGAUAUGCCAUUCCGUCUUCGUGGGUUCAAGUUGAGGUUUUCACACAACUCGAUCCUGGAAUUUUCUUCUCAUUCUUCUUGCCAGCAAUUAUUUUCGAUGCCGGAUUUACUCUGGAUAGAGCUGGAUUCUUUGGAAACAUUGGAGGAAUUAUUUUGUAUGCAUUGGUUGGAACAUUUACUUCAUCACUCGUAGUAGGAUGUGGUCUCUACAUUCUUGGUUACUACGGACUAAGUAUCGAGUUAGGAUUAGUGGAAUCCCUGAUGUUUGGCUCACUCAUUUCAGCCACAGAUCCAGUUGCAACUUUGGCUAUUUUCUGUGCAUUGGGAGUACCAUCCACAUUACACUAUCUUGUUUUUGGUGAAUCCAUUGUCAACGAUGCUAUUGCUAUUGUGUUAUAUGAAACCUUUGAAAAAUUCAGAGAAGCUGGUAAGGACGAUUUGGUACUUGUCACCUUCAAGAGUAUGGGCCAAUUUUUAUACGUAUCCAUUGGUUCCAUACUUGUAGCCCUAGUUUUUGGAAUUCUUUCUAGUUUAAUUUUCAAAUAUGGAGCUUUGAGACAUACUCCAAAAUUAGAGAUGGCUAUUUUCUUUGUAUUGGCAUAUUUAUCUUAUUUAGUUUCGCUUCCCUAUCUCAGUGGUAUCAUGACCAUUCUUGUGGUUGGUAUUUUAAUGAAUCAAUACUCAAAGCCAAACCUCUCAGAGCAAACAGCCACUGCACUUCUCACAGUUUCCAAUGCACUCGCCAUGAUUUGUGAAACAUUUACUUUUCUUUACAUUGGAUUUGCAUUGUUUGCCUUUGAAAACAACAAGUGGGAUGUUCGUUUCAUUGUAUUCACUAUUUUGUUGUGUCUCAUUGGAAGAUUUCUAAACAUUGUUCCUCUCUCUGGAAUUCUCAACAUGUAUAGAGAGCACAAGAUUAGUAUGAAAUAUCAAUUUAUUAUGUGGUUUUCAGGUUUGAGAGGAGCCAUUGCCUUUGCAUUAUCCAUGUCGUUAAAGUCUGAAGGAGGUAAAGGAGAGUACAUUUUCACGACCACUCUCGCCACUGUAUUCUUUACAAUCAUUUUCUUAGGUGGAGGAACAUUCCCCGUUCUCAAGAUUACCAAAGUGCAACAGGAAAAUCAAAUAGUUGCCCCACAAGCCUUAGUCAAGAAAGAUCACUGGCUUGUUAAACUCGAUAAAAAUUAUUUCCAGAAGUGGUUCAUAAGACAAGAUGUUAGGGAGCAAAUGCUCGCUCAAGAACAAGCAGCCAUUGCAGAAUACAAGGAAAAAAAGGAAGAGCAACAGAAACAAGAGGAGGAAGAAGCUUUGAAAAGACUUGAAACCUCUGGAAAUGAAAGCUCUGGCAAUGACCAUGAGGCACCAGAAAAAUUCGUUGAAAUUGAGCUUCAUGAGAACCCAAUUGCAAAUCGAAUGUAA